ACUACGGGUGAAUGUAAUCUGUGCAAUCCUUAGCCUCGUUCUCAUCACAAGCCUCUGUCUCGGUUCGGUGGAUUCGGUCAAUUGCUCUCUACACUCGCAGUCAGCAGAGUGCAGGUUGCUCGUCGUUGUGGCAAAUCAAGAAUCUGAAUAAAGAAAAUCGUGUCCUAGGGAUCUUGCUUCUCGUUCUUUGCGAAAACACUGUCACCAAAUGAAAAUUUCUUGUCGAAAGUGUUGAUAGGAUGAAUGACAUGGAUUUCAAAGUAAUUGGAUUGGCGUUGCGUUGGCUUUUGACCAUUUCGGUGCUUGUGCACGGGACUCUCCUACCCGUACGUAUGCUACAAGAGCUGGGUAAGCGCGCCAACGCGUUGAGCGCACGGUACGACCAGAUGGAGGCUGGCAUACUUGCCUCGAAGAUUCACCUGACUCAGGGUACACCUGCUUGGUAUUUAGGAGCAUCACAUACGAUCCUUCCGGAAGUCAGAAAUCUCACGCACAGGGCAAUUCGAUCAGAAACCGUUGCGAUGAUGUUAGUGGCAGCUAUGAAUAUGACACCGCACGAGGCUGUCGCGAUCCUACCUUCAAUGGGACCGGCGGCAUUCGGACUAUGCGACAGCAACUCUGAGGAAUUUUUCGAAAUAAUCGAGAGUUGUGAGAGUAUGAUUUGUCCGAGUAGGAUGAAGUACAGAAGCCAGUCGGGUCGGUGUAACAACCCCAAACACUCCAAUUGGGGUACUGCUUUUGAGUCAUAUGUCAGACUCUUGCCGGCUGAAUACGCGGACGGCGUAUCGCUUCCCCGGUUCUUGAAUCUCCCGAGUGCCCGGGAUGUAUCGCUGGGUGUCCACUCAGGUCUACCGGAUCAGCCACAUCCACAUUUGAUGGCCCUGGCGGCGUUAUUCGGUCAGUUCAUCGCGUACGACUUGUCUCACACACCGAAGGUCGAACUGCCCGACGGAACGAAGCUCAAGUGCUGCGAUGUCAGCUAUGAACACUUUCAUUCCGAGUGCUUUCCUAUAAAGACUGGCGACAACACGGCGACCCACUGUAUGGAGUAUACACGGUCGGCCCCGGAUCCCGGAAACAUCUCCGAGGGCUGUAGGUUAGGGCCGCGACAGCAAAUAAACCAGGCAACAUCAUACCUGGAUCUGUCUUCGGUCUAUGGAAUUUCUGAUUCGAAGACGAGAGUACUGCGCUCAGGUGUCGGAGGCCGCCUGAAAACGCAAAGGAAAAAUUUACCAAUGCCCUCUGCAAUACCGGGCAGCUGCCGGAGUGAUAUCGCAGCGUUUCCGUGCUUUUACAGUGGCGAUGCCCGUGUCAACGAACAUCCGGGUCUCGCUCUCAUACACCUUCUCUUUAUUCGAGAGCACAAUAAGGUGGCAGCUCGACUCGAGUCCCUCAAUUGUCACUGGAAUGAUGACACGUUAUUUGAGGAAGCUCGGCGAAUCGUGAUUGCCGAAUUACAGCACAUCACCUACAACGAAUUCCUGCCAGUUGUCCUAGGCGAGUCUGCGCUUGACAGAUGGAAUCUUCGACUCAAGGUGGAAGGCUUCUUCUGGGGAUAUCAACCGCAGACAGAUGCGACAUUGUCAAACGCGGCUGCUUCCGUGGGUCUUCUUUUCGUCGCGGCAAUCACCCCCAAGACCAUCGAUCUGGUUGAUACGCGAUCGAAAAAGUUCGUCAAGUUUGGCGAAAGAUCUUUACUUUCUUCGUUUUACGCACCGCAGGAACUUUAUGAAGCCGGUGCAAUCGAUCGACUGAUCGCCGGGGUAACAGCUAGCCACUCUAGGAAACCUAUGCCUCCCGGACUCAACGAAAUAUUUCUUGGACGAUACUUCCACGACGGUAAAUCUUCGGAGAAUCCGAUCGAUCUUGUUGCGCAGCUCAUUCAACGCGGCAGGGAUCACGGUCUACCGCCUUAUACGAAGUGGAGGACAUUUUGCGGAAUGCCUGACGUCAGUACCUUCGCGGAUCUCCGUGGUACGGUAUCCGUCGAAGCUAUACGGAGGUUACGCCUCAUAUACGGCUCAUUCGUGAGGACUUUAAAUGCGUUGCCUAGUUUGAGGCGGCGGUUAACAACAUUCCUUCAGAGUGUCAAGGAUGUCGACCUCGUUACCGGAGCCUUCGCAGAGGCUCCCAUUGAGGGAUCCAUAAUAGGUCCAACGUUUUCAUGUCUACUCGGUCGCACGUUCAGAAAUAUUCGCUUCGGUGACAGAUAUUGGUACGAGAACGGAAAUACACCCGGAGCUUUUACAUUGGAACAGCUGGAAGAAAUACGCAAGAGCUCCAUGGCAAUGUUACUGUGCAACAACGGGGAUCAUCUCGAACAAGUGCAGCCAAGAUCCUUUAUCUUGAGCGAUCCUUUCUUAAACCCAGUUUCCAACUGCUCAAGGCUGACUAACUUGGAUUUAACACCUUGGAAGGAGAGAUUAACAGGGAACGACUUGACUUAGUCCUAUGCAAACGCUGUGUACUUCAGUUCGUGUCGCGGAAUAUCCAUAUUGAUGAAACAAAGUGAUUCUGUACAUAAAUGAGUUGCUUAGAAGCAAUUGUCUUAUGUUAAAUCAAUAAUUUUUCAGUUGUUUAUAAUACCCUCACUGAGAAUUCAUUCCCUUAUAACUAUGAGUUAUUUCAAUCAGUAUAAAUUGAUUAGCUUCAAUACGCAUUAAGUCAGACUUGUAUCAAAAUAUGAUGCAGGUGGGCGGACUGUUUGGAACUUUGAACAAUAAAUUGAAGUGUGCAUUAAAUGCUUUUUUCUUGUACACCGCGUACCUGAAAGAUAAUAUCUGUCAAUGCUUCUAGUCAGGUACAGCAGUACAGCAUUUUGAGUGUUGCAACGAUUGCUCCCGCACCGCAAGUGUGUUCUAAUUACAAACGAUAGCGUGACCAAUUCUACAGCACAUAAUUAACAAGUAGGGUGUAGGGUGAGCUGUGCAAUAUCUGCUGUACAAGUAGUAUAAUGUAAACAUUUUUUUAUAGUCGUCUGUACAGAAUAAGGAUUAUUAUUAAAUAAUAGUUCUUUACCUCA